UAUAAAACAGACGGCGUCCCUCCCACUUACAUCACACGCUGGCUAGCAGCUGCCUACAGCUCACGCACGUCGCUCGCUACCCGCGCUCCAAUUGUUCUAUCGUUCACUCGUGUUUGCGCCUUCUACGCACACACUCGUACGCCAUGACCGUCACCAGCAAGAUGAACAGUGUCUCCCGCCAGUCGGUGCUGAGUCGCCUCGGCCCUGGCGGGCUACUCUACGCUGCCAAUAAGAUAUUAGCGGUCGCAGUGCCUGGUAAAGAGGAGGAACGCUGGCGCAGCAAGGAUGAAGGUGCGCUGUUCAAACGUUGGCGGCGCACCCCGUCUACUGUUGAAGCACCCGCCUCUACUCCGGCUCCCGCUACACCCACCCCUCAACCCUCGGAGCUACUCAAAUUCUUAGCUAUUAAUGCUUUGGAAUUAUCAGCACCCGCAUCUGAUGCGUUGCUGAAAUCUCGCUCGUCGGAGUGGUUCCAGUUAGCUGGCCACCCCGGCUCCCUGGCGCCCGCAGGCCCUGGCACCGUAUGGAAGCGCCGCGCUGCUGGCGACCACCCCGCGCACAACCCUGAGCGGGACGCAUAUGAAGCACUCGCUGCCUGCCCCCACAUGCGCUCUGCUAUCCCGCGCUACUACCGUGAACUGGAAUAUGGUGGUGAACGUUUCAUUGAACUGCAAGAUUUACUGCACGGCUUCAGAGACCCCCAUGUUAUGGAUGUCAAGAUGGGCACCCGCACUUUCCUUGAAGAUGAAGUAAGCAACGCUCGUGCUCGUACGGAUCUGUACGAAAAGAUGGUGCGUUUGGACCCGAAAGCUCCCACCGAAGCAGAGCACGCGGCUCGCGCUGUAACCAAACUACGUUACAUGCAGUUCCGUGAACAGCGAUCCUCUUCCGCCGAGCAAGGAUUUAGAAUUGAAGCUGUGAAGGUCCCAGGAGAGCCACCCCUCACUGACCUGCAAAAAAUUCGCGAACCUCAUCAAAUUGCCAACACCGUUGCAAGGUUCCUGGGUAACAAUGAAAAGGCGCGUCGAUCUAUCAUCACUCGCCUUCGUGAAAUCAGAGAUCUUUUUGAAAAUUCUGAUUUCUUCAAAACUCAUGAAAUUGUCGGCAGCAGUAUAUUCAUCAUAUAUGACGAUGAACGUGUUGGAGCCUGGCUGAUCGACUUUGCUAAAACUAGAAGUGUACCCGAAGGUCUACAGGUAGACCAUCGUGCAGAGUGGCAACAAGGAAAUCACGAAGAAGGUUUUCUUUAUGGUUUGGAUAGACUCAUAGACACUAUAGAAAGGGCAAAACUUCCGACGCCGGGCGACGAAGCAGCGACGGAACCGGAUGUAUCACGUUGAACACAAUCUGGCGAGAGACCCUGGACUCGCCCCUCGGUCAUUGUCACCGUUCGCCUGGCCUUGCGCCCCGUACCGCUCCACUAGCGCCCGACUUGACGCACGGAGAGAUGUAUCAUAAAAACUAUGUAUAUUUUGCAUAUGAAAGAGAAUUGCGAUUAAUCGCUUGUUUCGAUCUAGUCCUUAAUUAUUUAAAUAAACACGUCAUGAUUAUUUUAUAAAA